UUGUGACGUGAUCACAUGGGUCUUAGUUUCCGCCAAAUGGAACGGUCAUUAGGUGUAGGCGUGGGGGCACUGGCUCUGGGGACGGCUGGCCUACUGCUUUUAUUAAAGAUCAUCCAGAGAGCGAGAGGCAGGCAAAAUCUACAGGACAAAGUCGUGGUCGUCACUGGAGCCAGUUCUGGCCUGGGCAAAGAAUGUGCACAUGUGUUCCAUGCUGCGGGGGCGCGGCUUAUCCUGUGUGGACGGAACCAGAAAAGAUUGCAGGAGGUUGUUCAGGAGUUGGAAGCCGUGACAGAUGGAAAAAUACGGACCUAUAUACCCUGCAUAGUCGUCUUUGACCUCUCCGACCCGGAUACAGUCUCCAGAGCAGCAAUAGAGAUUCUGAAGUGCCACGGCCACGUGGAUGUGCUCAUUAACAACGCAGGCAUUAGUUACCGUGGCAGCAUCCUGGAGACCCGUGUCUCAGUGCAGAGGGAUGUCAUGGAGACCAACUACUUUGGCCCUGUUGCUUUUACUCAAGCUGUUCUUCCAUCCAUGGUGGAAAGAGGUAGUGGGCACAUAGUUGCCAUUAGUAGUGUGCAGGGGAAAAUCGCCAUCCCCUAUAGGUCGGCAUAUGCAGCAUCCAAGCAUGCAAUGCAGGCCUAUUUUGAUUGCUUGCGGGCAGAGGUGGAAAGCUUUGGCUUACAGGUCUCAGUCAUUAGCCCUGGAUACAUUAGAACCAACUUGUCAGUCAAUGCCAUUACUGGGGAUGGAUCUAAAUAUGGCGUGAUGGACAGGACCACGGCAAUGGGGUGGGACCCAGAAAAAGUGGCUCAGGCCGUUUUGAAGGCUGUCUGUUAUCGACAGAAAGAUGUGCUACUGGCCGGGCCACUACCUGCUCUCGCUGUCUACCUUCGUACGCUAUGGCCUGCCGCCUUCUUCAGUGUGAUGGCCUCUCGUGCCAAAAAGGAGCAGAGAGUAAAAGAACAGUAAAUGCCUUACAGUGUUUGUCUUGAGUUGUUGUUUGAAAGGAUUUGGUAAAGAUUUUUUGUGUAGUGUUGGAAUGGGUACAAUAAGCAGUACAGGAGAUGCAGAACGUGUUUGACAUGAUUUUCAACAGUGUAGAUAUGUAAUAAAGCUGCUAAAUGUGAAUUAAACCAAAUGGAUCCUGAAGGUUCUGUAAUUAAUCUU